AUGAGUCACCGAUACAGAGAUGAAAGGCAAGACACCGCUAUUUCCUGCUGUCUCGUUGGCAUCUUGUCCGGUGGCCCUGGCAGGGCUGCUGUUGACAAGAUUGUACAUAUGGUGCCUCACAUGUCGCCGUCAAAGUCCCCAGAAACCGCCAGCUAUGCCAAGACCAAGUCCACGAUAAUGCAGACCGGAGAGUUUGCCUCGGUCUUUGACCAAAUCGCACCACGCUGCUAUGUCAGCGUGGCCCAAUAUUUCCGCACAUCAGCCGACCAGCACACAAGACGUAUCACAGCACACCUGCAGCAGGCUGUGCAGAAUCUCAUAACCGUCCAGCCCUGCCUUGGUGGCGUCCUGUCUGAGGAUGACACGGCUUUUAUCCGCUUCCACCCGCGGCCUGUGCCAGAGCUCAACGAUAUCGAGAUACGGGAGAUUGACUGCCGGCAAGUCUCAUUCGCCGACCUGGAGAAGAAGCACUACGGCCCGAGCUACUGCUGCAACCCCGAGUUCGCGGUACCCCCUCCCAACAGCGAAUUCAUCCCCGUCUUCCGGGCUGCCAUCUGUUGGUACCAGGACGGUUUCGCCGUUCUGACAUUCCUCCAUCACACUGUCGCCGACGGACUCUCGUGCCAAUAUCUGAUUGAGGCACUGGCGGCCGUCACCUGGGAUGAAAUCAAGUUGCCACGGCACCGCCAGCUCCGCUUCGGUGAGCCCAGCUGGAAGAGCAUGGCCCGCCGUGGCUCGAUUGCACCUUCGACCAGUAGCAGUGCUCCCGCGUCGACUUCAUCAAGGCAGCAUGGGCAGCAUGAGGCUGUCCAGUUCGACCAACACUGCGCGUACGCGGCCAAGGGCUGCGAGUCUGGGCCACUUGCUCACCGAGGCACCACGACGCCCCCUGGACCCCUGACACAGCUUCUCGUCCAAGUCUCGACCCCCGGCACGGACGACGCCUCGUGCACUCGUUUCUGCAAGAGAGCCGCACAGGCCUGGAUCCUUACCAUGACCUCUCGAGACCGGGCCAGCCGCUUCAAGCGCCGCCAUGAGAUAACCACGGGCAUCGAGGCCGACGUUGAAGAUGAGCCGCUCGCAGACCUACUCUUCGCGGUCGGGCUGAAUCGUGCCGAUGAUGAGCUUGGCAGCCGCGCUGUCUACAGCAAGGUCUCGUACCCUGUUUUACGCCUCAUCAGGGCUCUCGAUGACCCGGCCGAGCUCCGCAAGCUCGAGAUCCACAUCAGCAAGGCCGUCGAGACUGCGCGCCUGCCUCAGUUCCGCCGAGCCUACGAGGAGACUUUUGAGAACUACUUUCGCGAAGGCGGUGACCCCUCGCGGAUUCAGGUCAGCGCCGACCAGGCCGACCCGUACGUCUUCAUCUUCAACACCUGGCGCUUCAUGGGCAAGACUGGGGACCGGGUCACCCCGAUCCGCUGGAAGUUCCCGUGCUUCUCCUCACCCAAGGCCCCUGACUGCAUCCGCAAGGUCGCGUCCGGCUAUGGCGGCGCUUCAUACGGUCUCGUCCAGCCCUCGACGCGCGUAUGCCGCGACGGCAAGCGCAGCCCGGACGAGAUUCUGAUCACCCUCAAGAGCGGUGACGCCCGCGAGUUCACUGCGCUCGUUGACGAGCAGAAGCACGCGGGCAUCACUUCAUGUUGGGAGGUCCUCGACAUGAUUGAGCAAACUGCUUGACCUUUUCGGUUGGAUCUCCGGCUCAUUUAAAGCAUCUCGAUACAAUGCCUGUAGGAAGUGCAAUUGUUGCCCUGAGUUAUGCCUUAGGAAAAGCACCUGAUUCUCUUUUUCAUGACGCAGAAAGAAAUAGACAUUAGAUACAGUUAGACGACACGG